AUGCUCAAAUCAAGAAGAAGCCUUCUUCUUCUCUCCACUUGUUGGCUCAACAGCAAACACAUUGACCAUUUCAACGUUGGAGGCUUACACAAUUUUGGCCAAUGUGGUGGAACAAUGAGAAUGUUCCAUCAUCAAACCAUGGUUAAGGAAUCUACUCUCCGAGAGUCUAAAACACUACUUUGUCGAAACUUGCUUUCCCGAACACCAUCACCCACCACCACAGCAGAGGCUCAUUCAUCGUCAGGCCACCAAAGAGUGCUAAUCGCCCAAAGUGUUCACGACAAGAAAAUAAUUUUAAUUUAUAUUGCAGGAGCAUGUAUUGUUUGUCUUACAUGUAUGACUCUUUAUCAUGUCUAUUUUGUCAAUACAGUACAAUUACAUUCAAGUGUACCGAAAAACUUGCCUUCUGGUUUCUCGGAUGUUCUCAGAUUGGAACAAAUUGAAAAGCAAGUUCAUGAAGAAAAACAAAAAGCUGCACAAACUCCUAUUGUUACAUUGAAAUCAGUACCCGAUGAACAUAAAGUGCCACUGACAGUUCUAUUGGUUGGAAUUAAUGUGUUUUUCUGGGUGAUGGUAUUCAAAGUCAAAUCAAGAAUGAUUUCCAAGCUCUAUGUGAAUAAUCCUAAUCACUAUGUAAAAUUCAGAAAACAAUACAUGAUGAACACGGCUGUAUCAAGAAGCGUCGAUCAUCCUCGAGGACAAACCAAUUCCUUACAUCAACAAAUGUCUAUGACAAGCAUCCCACUCCCAGUUUUACUUCAGCAACAACAACAAAGAUUACUCGAUGAAUUAUCAUUUACUGCCAACACUCUUGACAAAAUACUUCCUGGUAAGGAGAUCACCUUCACUGCGAAAGAUGUGUGGUACUCUGAAAAUGACGGUCGCUUUGUUUAUUUGAGAAUUGGUAAAGACGAGCAACAUGUGAAACGAUAUUUUUAUUGUGCACAAGAUCAGGAGGAGAGUAAGGAAUUGGCUGACUUUAUGAAUCAAAUCAGUAGCAGUAAUAGUUGUUGUGCUCAGAACAGAUCGUAA